AUCGUGCAUACGAGAAAUACGGUAUUAGUGCUUCCAAUUGCUUUCUUAGCGUUAGGUGAUCGAUCGAUUUUUCUGAGAAUAGCAUUAUGCAAAUUCGUCUGCAUAAAGUGUGCAGUUGUGUGCUAUAACUAAAUCACACGUAUGCUCACUUAUUGCCUUUUAUCUCGCCUUCGGAGUGCCUCAGAGAAUUGUUUGUACUCAUUCGCGUUUGGGGGUCUAGUCUUUUUUUGCAAACAAUAUUAUUAGUUAACAGCUGGUAGUUGUAGUUGCAGGAUGUCUAUUGUAGAUAAAAUUUCUCAUUAUCAACGCAAUUUAGAGACUUGUGGUGAUAACGAGGAUCGGAUUUUACAUUACAUUUCUAAAUUAUAUAAGCUACCCGUGACGGUACAACAUCUUCAACAGACAGGAGUAGGAAGAACUGUGAAUGGCUUGAGAAAAUAUCAUGGUGCUGUGGGUGAUGCCGCUAAAUCUCUGGUUUGCAAAUGGAAGACUAUGGUAGCAGAUGAUAUUGAAGAUUCCAGUGACAGAGAAGAUGAGGAUGAAGCAUGUGUAAUUGAUGCUUCUAAAACUUAUACCGAUAUUCCUGAAUCGCCAAUACCAGAGGAUUUAGAAGAAAGUGAUUCUUCAUUUGAACAAUCGUCAGAAUCAAAAUAUAUGCAUAGACAUAAAAAAGACAAAAAUACUUCUAUGAAACUUAGUGUAGUGCAUUUAUCCAAGUCAGAGGAAAAACACGAAAUGCAUGAAAAAAGUAAACAUUCUUCUAAACAUCAUUCUCAUAGCGAAAAAAGAUCCAAAGAAUCAAAAAGCUAUAAAAGUAGCAUAAAUAAAGAAGCUUAUAGUUCGACAAAGUAUAAUCACAGCAAGAGUGAUGAUUUAAAAAAGACUAAUGAUAAAAUUACCCAGAUAAAUGAAGACAAUAAUAGGAAGAGGAAAACAAACGACUCUAAUUCCCUGAUGAAGGAAAAUAAGAAGACGAAAUUAUCAGAUAACAAAAGUGAUGAUGAAAAAUCUCAACCACCUGUUUCAGAACAUAAUCGUUCUCAUCUGAAAUCUUCUGGAAUUCAGAUAGAGGUGAAAAUUAAAGUAGAAGAUGAACAAUUUUCAACAACUGAUAACAAACAAAAUAUUAAACAGAAGUAUUUACAGGAAAAAUCCAAGAGCAGUUCCAGUAAGCUUAAGUCUCAAGAAUCAAGUAGUAAAGUAAAGAACAGCAGUGAAAAACAAAAGCAUAAAGAAAAAGAACAUACUAGUCAUAAAAAACAUGAUACAAAAAGAGAUUCCAAUCAUCAUUCUAGCAAAGAAACUUCUAAAUCAAGAGUCAGUUCCUGUAGUAGUAAAGAUUAUAUUAAGAAUAAAGACAAGGAUAAGAAAAAGGAGCAUAAGGAGAAUAAGAGUAAACAUGAGAAGAAAAAAGAGACAAAAAUUAAGUUAAUGCAGGAAAUAAAUGGUGAUGAAGGAAUAGAUUGCAAUUCUGGUGCAAGUUUUGCAGAAGCACUUGGCAUGUGCUCCAUACCUCAGCCAUCGAAAAAACGUCAGAGUAAUUUGUCUAAUUCAAAUCCCAGUAAGCCAAGUAAAACAGAACUGAUGUCCCCUGUUACUAAUAAAAAGUUGCCAGCUGUGAAAAUUGAACCAGAAUGCAAUGACAAUCCAAAUCCACCAUCUCUUCUAGCACCAAAUGUAAAGUUGGAACCUUUAAAUGUGGAUUUGGCAUCUACAUUACCUGAAAUUAGUCCCAAUUAUAAGCCACUGCCAUACAUUAAUCCUAUGCAACGCAAAGAAGAAAUUAAGUUUGUUGAUGAUAUCAUUUAUAUCAAGAAUCAAAGAACAAAAGUGUAUUCUGGUAACAAAGUCGGUUACACAAGCGUGCCGACAUUGUAUGAAAUGUGCAUCAGAGUAUUGAUAGAAAAUAUCGAUGCACUCGAGUUUACUGGCGGUGUACCAUAUGAUAUAUUAAAGCCGAUCCUAGAACGUGCCACAUGUGAUCAAUUAUUUAUGUUAGAGCAUCAUAAUCCAUACCUCAUAGAAGACACAGACAUAUUAUGGAAAUAUCAUUGUAAUCGAGAAUUUAAGAAUAAAGACAGACAGGAAAUGGAGUCAUGGCGUGAAAUGUACAUGCGCUGCUUGGAUGAAAGAGAAGCAAAAUUAAAAACACUCACCGCCAAUAUCAAACAAUCUAUAGAUAAGUCCGUCCCAAUGAGAUCUACUAAACUUGCUUAUGUAGAUAAUGUCGUGAAACCACCACGUAAUGUAUUGAAAAAACAAGCAAAAUAUGGUACAGCUAAUGCCACUCCUGCUACUAUCUCCAGUGUAAAGAAAAAGUUAACUGGCGGUAGUGCAGUUAACAAUGCAACGAAUAUUGCUGUACCACCACCGCCAAUGUCUCGCUUUAAAGCAUCAACAUCAAGUGGCAUGAAGAAGACAAAGGCACCACUUAUGGCAAAGGCAUUGCAGUUAAUAAAAGGUCGUUAUAAACGGUAGUGAUAGCAAUAGUUUUACGAAUAUUACGAAUCGUUAAUCAUUCAGUUCUAAUAAACUGUACAUUUGUCAUCAUUUCUUAUAUAUUAAUUUAAUUGCGAUUUUAACACGUUCCCUGUCGCAUAUGCGCCU